GAUUCACCCAGGGGUUCUUGUGACUUCUGGAAAGCCAUCCACUUCCUGGCCAGUUUUCUGGGUCACCAUUCCGGCGAUCCUUUGACCCGUCCUCCCGGUGCGCCACCCUGGACGAAGGGAUCAGCCUGUGGGGGAAAAGAGGCCCUCCUGUCCUGGCAGAAGUUUAGAGACGCUAGUCCCUGUGCCGCUCCCUGUCUGUCAGCGCCAACGGGCCCGAAGAACCAAGCCCAGGCGGACUGAGGGAGGAGGCCGAGGACUUCAGAGCCACCGACUCUGGGAUCCUGGCCAUGAGGUUUGAUGCCUCGAUCCACUGACCAGAUACACUGGACCUAAAUGGCGCAGCAUGACUUUGUCCCUGCCUGGCUUAACUUCUCCACGCCCCAGCCUGCCAAGUCCCCUGCAGCCGCCCUUGAUAGACCAGGUGAACCUCACCUGCACAGAGAGGGCAGAAACACUGUGAGCCGCCGGCGCCACAACUCCUCUGAUGGCUUCUUCAACAAUGGCUCCCUGCGUGCUCCAACAGGUGACGGAUGGCAGCAGCCCUCAUUGCUUUUGAGACACGACUCUGUGGACUCGGGGGUGGCCAAAGGAGGGCACAGUGGGCUGGCAGGGGGGUCUUGCUGGAAGGACACACCCAGCUGGCAUGGAAGUCUGCGGGGGGCCCAGGACAGCCACCACCACCAGGGACGCCACACCAAGCGGGGAGGGGGCGACAGGGACAGGCAGGGAGGGCACCGGCAGCGCAAUGGUAACUACCAUCCCCGCAAGGGCACCUCGUACCAGGACAAGUUUCCAAAUGAAGAACGCAAAGACGGCAAGGACGACAAGCUGAAGUUUGUGGAAGAGGACUUUCCUUCCCUCAACCCUGAAACAACUGGAAAGCCUGCAACUCAGAUGAGAGCAGUUGCCCCCCGUGCUGGAGUGUGGGAAAAUCCCCCGAGUGGCAAGCAGAUGGUGUCCAAAAUGUUAGUCAUCAAGAAGGUUUCAAAGGAGGACCCCGGCACCGCCUUCUCUGCGGGCUUCGCCAGUGCCGGCGCCUUGCCUGCCAACGGCGCUAAGGCUCCCAUCAUCGGCUCCAGCGUCUACAAGAACCUGGUCCCAAAGCCUGCUGUGGCCCCCACCAAAAGCAACCAGUGGAAAGGCGGCGGUCGAGAGAUUGCAAAGUCCAGCCGAGAUUCCGUCUUCACCAACCCCUCUGCUACCAAAGCCAGCACCCCGCUCAGUGCCCCACCCCACAACACCCCUAAAGAGCAUCCUUCCAGCACGACUCCUCCCAUCGACAUUGCCCCGUCCAGGCUGAAGCUGAUGCGGCGCGGUCCGGACCGAAAGAGCGAGUUCCUGCGUGCUCUGAAGGACGAGGGCACUGGAGAGUUGACCACCAGCAGCAGCCCGGGAACAUCAGGAGAGGGUGAAAGCAGCACGCCUGAGCCCAAAGUGUACAGUGAGGAUGUCUGCCAUGAGAAUGGUCUCUCCUACUCCCUCAGUGACUCCGACACGGAACACCUGUCCAGUUCCCUUGAGGCCGAGCACAGGUUGCUGAAGGCCAUGGGCUGGCAGGAGUACCCGGAGAACGAGGACAACUUCCUGCCUCUGACGGAGGACGAGCUGAGAGAGUUCCAGACCAAGACGGAGCAGCUGAAGAGGAACGCUCCGCAGAGGAACGGGGUCCUGCCCAGGGCCCGGGGCGUCACGCUCCACUUCACCCCCUGGAGGAGCGUGGCGGAGGCGCACGUGGAGGAGUGCUCGGAGUCAGAAACCAGUAGCAGCAGCCAGACCUCGGACGACGACGACGUCAAACCCUGAAGAAACAUCUCAGCAAGCCCUCCCGCGCUCAUCUCCGUCUCUACACUUUCUAUUGUGUUGUUGGUCUUGCACAAGGGAAAAGCAAUCAUAUCCCAGUGGAGGGGGAGCGUUCUGAGACGUUCUUUUCCCUGCGUUUGCCCCGCCCCCUCCCGCCCGCCUCGCUUUGUGGAAGAAGAAGAAUGCACACGUGAUUCUGCUUUAAACAGACUAACUCAUUUCAUUGAUGAUGCUGAUGACACAUUAAUGAUAUUAAUAAAAUUGGUUCCUGACAAGCUGA